GCUGAUCGAGCUCACGAGGCAGAAGUGCAAGAGGAUCAUCGCGAGCCAGCUGGUCGAGGACACGUUUCGGAAGAUCAAGGGGAAAGUCGACAAGCAGCAGAACACGUUGAGCAGUGAGCAGACGGCAUUCGCGUGCGCGAUCGACUCGCAGGUGAUCGAGACGACCCACCACUACAAGCCCAUAUUGACUUCAGAGCUCCGCUUGACCAGGGACCAGGCCUUCGAGCCCAACGCCUUCAGACCACAGCUGCUCCGCAGGAGUCUGAGCCAGGACCUUAAGGACCUGAAGCUGUACGAUGUCUGCGGCUACGGCGAGGCGGGGUGGCACUCCCCUGGGGCGGCGGCGUACACUACCCCCUACUCCGACAUUGAAGUAUGUCGGCAAGCCAGUCGGGCUGGGAAGCUCGGCGCGCUGAACCACGCGAUCCUCUCGAGGCUGAUGCAGCCUGGCAUGUUGGUAAAGAGGGUCGGUUCACAGGGCUGGUGGAUUCCGUUUGGCGACAUUGAUUCAUCUUUGGCUGUCUUGUGGCCGUCCAAGCGCGUCACCCCAGAUUCCGUCACCAUCGACUCGGCCAGGGGCAGGGAGUUGCAUUGUUUGUUCGACGCCUCGAAGUUUGAGGCGGUGGCCGUCGAGUGGACAUCCCCCUUGGCGCAGGCGAUCGAGAUCGAGAUCGUCAAGAGUGGAGUCGCCCGUGAUAUUCGCACUGACGUGGACCUGAAGGAGUUCGGCCUCGCUGCGAAGAUGGUUGGGAGGGUCCGGCCAUUACUUGAUAUCGCAUGUCUCAGCGCGUUCUGGAGCCUUCCAGUGUCGUACUUGUUGCAGGUGUGCGAGCUGUGCGACUGGCACCCCCCGACUACUACCUUGGCGGCGGUGUUGAAGACAAUGUGCGAGAACAUCUUCAAGGACCAGUGCGCGGAUGGCCUCAUCGUGCAGGUUCUUAGGCAGCGGUUCGUCUCGUUCGACCACGACAUCGGCGUGGACGAUUUGGUGCACAUGGAUUGGGUGACGGAGCUCUUCGACAGGAGCACCUCGGAGGAAGUCCAGAAGCAGGUGGAGGCGUCCAAGUCUCACCACGCCCAUCGGUCGGACUUUGUCGCCGAG